UAGAACCGUACAAUUCAUACAAACGUAGCGUCAAACUAGAUUCUGCUAUGGCGCUGGUUUCUUCUCUCACGCCCAUAUUUGUGGCGGUUUUAUGCGUUGUCAUAGCUUUUCUCUUCAAAAGCAUUCAGAAAAAGGAGAGGGGACCAAAGACGCAUUCUACACCCCCAGUGAAAUCCAGACCGUGGGUGGACGAGGAUCUACAAGAUGACACAGAAAUCAUCAAGGAGGAAGAGGAUGGUGACUGGGCUGACAGUGAAGAGGAUGUCCCCCACACGCCCUACUCCCCCCGGCGGUACGCCGAUGACAUCAUGCUGCAGCGCUCGCAGGAGUUCUACACCCUGAUGAAUGAGAGGAGGUCCGUGCGCUUCAUCAGCCCCAAACCCGUGCCGCGGGAGGUGAUUGACAACGUAAUCCAGACGGCAGGCACAUCUCCCAGUGGGGCCCACACAGAGCCCUGGACCUUUGUGGUAGUGGAGGACGCCGAGACCAAGCACAAGAUCCGUGAGAUUGUGGAGGAAGAGGAGGAGAUCAACUACAAGCAGAGGAUGGGGGACAAGUGGGUCAAAGACCUGCAGAGACUGAGAACCAACUGGGUGAAGGAGUACCUGGACACUGCACCGUACCUCAUCCUGGUCUUCAAGCAGACCUUCGGGGUGCACGCCAGCGGUAAGAAGAAGACUCACUAUUACAAUGAGAUCAGUGUCUCUAUCGCCUGCGGAAUCCUGUUGGCUGCACUGCAGAACGUUGGCCUGGUGACGGUGACGUCUACCCCGCUGAACUGCGGCCCGCAGCUGCGGCUCCUGCUCCGUCGCCCUGCCAACGAGAAACUGCUGAUGCUGCUGCCUGUAGGCUUCCCUGCCAAGGACGCCACCGUCCCCAAGCUGACCCGGAAGAGCCUGGAUGACAUCAUGGUGUUCAUCUGACACCGGGGCAGCCGCAAUGGAGGCAACAGGGUGGAGUGGCAGUUUAAGUGCGUGAUUAAAGACCAGAAGGUCAUGUGCUUAAAUCCAGGGUGUGACAGUGCAGCAAGAGUA